CGCUGGUGGAGAGGAAAUAGAACAUCGUUUUCAAGACAACACUUGCGAGAUAAACAAGGUGUAGCUACAGUACGAGUGUUACCAGCGGUAGUGUACGACGGAAGCAUGAUGGCCUGGUAAGUCCACCGCGGGCUCACCAUAACCUGUGCUACUUGGAACUUUUGUUCCGAGUGGCUGAAUCUAUAACAACACACGAUGGCCUGUUGGUGCUGCCUGCUGUUGCUGCUGCUGUGGGGAGUCGUCGUCGCUCCUCUCGAUUACGGAUGCAUGGUGCACGAGGAGAUGAACGUCGACCUCCUAUAUGACUCUCUCGAUUUCAUGGCCUAUGUGCCACCUAAAUCCAAUAAUCAGCCUGGCUCAUCUGGAACGUUUAACUCCUCCACAGUAAUUGGUUCCUCUGCAGUACCUGGCUCCUCCACACUGUCUUCCAUUAACCAGUCUAGUGUCCUCUUCACUGCUCUGAUGAAGUGCGACAGCAAUGCUGAUUAUGAUUUCUUGUCAGUGACGAGCAGCAGUGUACGACUGGUGAAAUAUCAACGCCGCAAUCAAAGUGUUGUCGUAGACACUAAGCAUGAGGCGGCGGGCAGGGUUGGUGGGUGGGAGCAGUUCAGCCUGGGAGUGGUGGGAGAGUACACCCUGACUGACGGACAAGGACAGGCUUGGCUCCCACCCGGUAUCACCAUCGACUGCCAGGUGGGGAGCAUGAAAGUGAAGGACGGAUUAUUAAUGCGUCAGUGCCCCGCCGGGACGCCCACUUGGAAGGUGACUGACACCAAGAGGGUCUCUCUCUUGUUGGUCGUCGGCCCUGGUGACGGCGAGUCCCGCCAGAAUCUCAAACUCUUCUCCAAAACCAACUUUACUCCCACCUUCAACGCGGCCGACGCCAAGUUCGUGCUAGGGUGGAGGAAUGGAGCUCUUUCAACAGUGGAUACCAUGAACCCUCUCCCACCCUUGAAGUGGCACGGGUUGCUGCUGGUGCUGGCGGUCACGGGCCCCACCACCACACUCACGGUCAUGAGUGGGAAGCACAAGGUGUACCAGGCGAGGCUGGCGGCCCUCCCUCAGUACCUGGUGGUGACAGGCCGCCCUGGGGACACCUUCCUCCUCCACUCACCCAACACCAACGCCGCCCUGCGCCAUGACCACCAUCACCCACCCCUUCAAGUUGCAGGUGAGGGCGUGACGGUGGUGGUGCUGGGGGCGCUGCUGGGGACGGCGGUGGUGGUGCUCCUCUCUAUCCUGGCCAGGGACUGUUGUCGUCGCUUUCAACCUGCCAAGAAAGGCCUACACCAGAGUCAGAGUCAGCGAGUUCAGCCGCACUCAUCCUGUGGGAAGAUGAGUCGCCCGGAGACCCAGUACCUACAGCCCUUGCCAGCCCUGCCCUCGUCUCCGUCUCCCUGUCUGCCAUUGCACAACGCCACUGACGACAUGGAACACCAGUACGCCGAGUUAGAGGACCCAUGCUUCCUCACACUCCAGGAUAUACCCCUCAGCCCAUAAAUCUAUCAUCAAUCCUAAAGCCCACCUUCAACUGGGGAAGUUAGUGUUCUGGUAGGUUAAGACAGCCUUAGCAAUGUUAAAUGGGAUUCUUGUAAUGUUAUUUGUCUAUUUGUACUCACUGAAUUUGUGCGCCCCUUGAGGGACUUGAAGUAGAGGGGGGUAGAAAUAGCCUAAGCUACUCUAUCCCUUUGAGAUGUAUUUAUUUCUUGUCUCAAUAAACAUACUUGAACUUGAAGACAGCCUUAACUUUUAGGCAGAAAAAAUACACAGGAAAGUCAGGCAGGAUGUACUCAUCUAGUUGUUCUUGCGGGGGUUGAGCUUUGGCUCUUUGGUCCCGCCUCUCAACUGUCAAUCAACUGGUGUACUGAGAUUCCUGAACCUACUGGGCUCUAUCAUAUCUACAUUUGCA